CACACACACACACACACACACACACACACACACACACACACACACACACACACACACACACACACACACACACACACACACACACACACACACUGAUACUUUAGAUGAUGGUGGACUCCACGUUUGCUCUGGUGGGGAAGAACCUGAGUGAAGCCAUGAGGAUCCUGGGGGACGGCCAGAGAGAGACGGAGGCAGGACCAGACAGGUGGCGCUUCAGAGCCAGCAUCCCUGGACCCCUGCAGGGAGAGGGUCAGGAUGUUGCCACUGUGCUGCACCUAGUUCACAACCUCAUUCAUGAUGAUGAGGAGAAGGAGGAGGACAAGCCACACCAACACAGAAUGCAGAAUGUGGGGGAGCAGGGUCACAUGGCCCUGCUGGGUCACAGCCUGGCAGCCUACAUCUCUGUGCUGGACAGAGAGAGACUGAGGAAGCUGACCACCCGGAUCCUGUCUGACACCACGCUGUGGCUCUGCAGACUCUUCAGCUAUGAGAACGGCUCCGCCUACUUCCACGAGGAUGAUAGGGACGGCCUGGUGAAAGUGUGUCGUCUAAUCAUCAACGCCCGCUAUGAAGAAUAUUCCUCUGAGGGAUACGCAGUGCUCAGCUCCAAACAGCCCGUCAUCUACCAAAGCGCCUCCGGGAGGCCCGGCCUAGGGCAGCACCUCUGCAGCCAGCUGGGCCUGCCUCUCUCCAGCCUGUGCACUGUCCCAUGUAACACAAUCUUUGGAUCCCAGCACCAAAUGGAUGUGGCCCUGUUGGACAAACUGAUCAAAGAGGACGUAGAAGCAGGGAAGCUUCCUCUGCUGCUGAUCGCCAACGCAGGUACCCCAGGGGCAGGACACACAGACAAGCUGUCCCGACUGAGAGAGCUGUGUGAUCAGUACAGCAUGUGGCUGCAUGUGGAGGGAGUCAACCUGGCAACGCUGGCCCUGGGUCAGACCUCCUCUGCCAUCAUGGCGGCCACCAGAAGUGACAGUAUGACUCUCACCCCAGGUCAGUGGCUGGGCCUGCCUGCUGUCACUGCUGUGACCCUCUACAGACACGAGGACCCAGCCCUGUCUCUGGCAGCAGGUCUGACCUCCAGCCAGCCGGUGGCAAGGCUGCGGGCGCUGCCUCUCUGGCUCUCCCUGCAGCACCUCGGACAUGAUGGGAUCGUCCAAAAAAUCAGACACGCCACUGCUCUGAGCCAGCACCUCCUGCAGAAGCUCAAAGCUCUGACCUCCAUCAAAACAUCGGAUGUGCUUCAGACAGAGGUCUCUCUCCUUGAGGCUCUGACCAUGGUGGAGGACGAACUCAGCUCUCCUGUGGUGCUCUUCAAGUUUUCACAGGACAUGAGUGCUGCCUCCAGUGGGGGUUCAGUGGAAGGUCUAUGUGCGGGGGAGAAGGAGGUGCUCGAUGCCUUCAACAGAUGGUUAGGAGAACAGCUGGUUCAGUUGGUCCCCUCAAGUGGAGUAGAGGUGGUGGAGCUGGAAGAUGAGGGCACGUGUGUUCGCUUCAGCCCCCUCCUGACUGCUGCAGUCCUGGGCACGCAGCAGGAGAACACAGAGGAGAUGGUGGAGAAGCUGUCGGAGCUGGUGCCUGCCAUGUGCUCCACAAUGAGCCUCAGACAGGACUUCAGAGAGGAGGUCCACCGACACUCGCCCUCGCUCACAUACCGAGAGCAGCUGAGUUGGCCCGGCCUCGGCGCUGUCCGGUUCGAGCCUCAGGCUGAGGGGACGGAUGAGAGCAAGAGGAUGGAGGAGCUGCAGAAGAUCAACACCGAGCUGCUGAAGAAACUUCAAGAACUGGACACUGACAUCAUCUUUUCCACUGGCCCUGAGUUUGGGACAGAGGAGGACUGUAUCUUUGUUGGCAUGGUGACCGAGGACGUGGAUGUUUCAGAGUUGGUGGACACAGUAGCUGCCCUCGGGAGGGACAUAGAGGAGAGUGGAAGGCUGCUGGAGAACAUGACGGAGGUGGUGAGGAAGGGCAUCCUGGAGGCGGAGCUGCAGCUGCAGAAGGCCAACGAGGAGAAACUCAUGGAGGAGGGGGUCCUGAGACAGCUGCCUCUGGUGGGCUCCGUGUUAAACUGGUUCUCUCCAUCCCAGAGCGCCAUAAAGGGCCGCACCUUCAACCUGGCUGCAGGUUCCCUGGACUCCACAGAGGGGACUUACUCGAAAAAGGCUCAGGCAGGCAGGCAGUCCCAGCAGGACACCCCCACCUCCUCCUCAAAGAAACAUCCAGGUCAGAGGUUAUUCCGGCGCUCAGGGGGUGCCUCUGACUCCUUCAGUGAAACCAGCUCCAUCGGACAAGCUGAUGAGACACCAAGGGAGGGGAGUGGCUCCCCGAGCAUCCCCCCACCCUCCUCCCCUCCUGAGGAGGACUCGCACUCUGCAAGUGAUGCUGCAGCGGAGGAAAUCCAAGAGUCUGCUGUGGAGGAGCACACACAGGUGGUGGAGGAGGAAGAGGAGGAGGAGGAGGAGAGGAAGUGGCAGCCUGAAGGCCAGGAGGCGGAGCAGAGCGGCAGAUAGGCGUGUCCUCCAGCCGUCCUCUGAAGGCUACCAGCCUGAGAAAAGUCUUUUUAUAUGGUGAAUCCAACUCUUCCAGUAGUGUGGGGACGCUGAUGGAGCUGUUUAUCUCCGUCCUGUUUCAGAGUCAAAGGGAACAUCCACCCCAGUCGCAUCUGAGUGCAUACUAGUUUUAAUUCAUUCCAUAUUUUACCUGCUGCAGCAUCCUGAGGAAUGAGUUCCCCAUCAUCUUCAGAAUGCCCUUUAACCACUUCUAGCUGCCAGCCGUGUGAACCCAGAGAUGUUGAGACCCCAAACUUUGUGUUAGAACUGUAGAGUACGGGUCCCCAGCACACAGAAACUGGUGGAUGCUAACCUGCAUAUGUUGGGUAAUUUACACACUAAUUAUAAGUUGCAUUAAUUAGCAUAUGCAGACAAUGGACACAUUUGGAGUGGUUUUGAGAUAUAUUUAGGAUACUGAGUUCAUUUUCUGACAUUUUCAGGAUCAACAAUCGACUCACAAUUCAUCAAAAUCCUCCAACCGGGAGUAUAAAUAUGGCUUCUUUCUGGUUUAAACCACCUUUUUUUAUCCUGAAAAUGUCAGAGAUGUUCUUAGCAUCCUCAACAACCGCUCCAAAAUUGUUCCAUAUGCUAAUUCAUGCUAAUUAACACAACUUGUGCUAAUUGUUCAGAUUGAUCAACAUACUGUAUGCAGGUUAGCAUCCAGCGGUUUCUAUGUGGGGGACCCGUACUAUACAUUUCUAACACAAAGUUCGCAGUACUCAACAUCUCAGGGUUCAUUAUAGCACUCUACUGUAUGCGCUGGCAACUAGACUGACUCCGUAAAGUCACAAUGAGAUGAAUAAUUUGCUUCCUUUCAUACAGAAACAUGAAUUAUUAUACCCCUAGUGAUGGAGGGAAAUGAAUUCCCCUGCCUCUCCUCUGAGGGAUCUCCCCAGUAUUCCAGCUGCUCAUGAUGUUUAAGAAUGUUAAACAAGAGUUUUCACACUGAUUAUCAGAGCAGCAGAGUAACCACUGUAAAUAUUCUGCACAGAUGUUAUAUAUCUAACCCAGGAAACUACUAACUAUAAUUAUUUAUAAUCAACAAAUCUGUAUAGGAGGAUUAGAGUAUAAUGAUCUAUUUAAUUUAAAAGAAGUACCUACUGAUAGUAGCUGCUCUCCAGCUUCAAACACUCCCUUCAUGUUUGCACUGAAAGAAAUCUAAAUAAAUUAUAAAGUCACAACGCAAUGACCAUUUAAUAUCCUGAGGAAAAGUCAGAAAAACAAAUAUGUGAUCGUACGAUUACAAAAUGAUUUAACAUAUUACGAAAAUAAUUAGUUACAAGAUAUAUAUAAGUAAUUUCAUGAGUAAAGGGUUAUAAGUAGUAAUAUGAAGUAAUAUGACUGUAAUAAUCUCCAGGUUGUGCACUAACAGUGGGCCUACAAUAUGAAUUGCAGCCACAGCUUUGGAAUCAAAAUCAAAUGGCUUUUGAAAUUGCACAUGCAGCCCAGUGGGAGUAAUGUUUUUGAUUUAUACGUAAAUGUGUUAUUGUUUCUGUCGAUUAUUGAACAUCCUCUCACAUGUAUUUACUGUAGUGAUAUUUCUUUUUUUGCCUAAAACAUCCUGCCAGACCUGGGUCAAAGUCCUUCCUGUCCAGGGUUAGCAUUUAAACAUGUUCCAGUGCCAUAUCACAGGGUCAAAUGUUUUUAUUUUUUGUCGGUUCUUUAGUUUGUCAGUUCUGCUAAGCUUGGGACACUCGUCUCUUGCACUAGUCCGUUUGACGUCUUUAGGUAUAAAUCAUAACAGAUAUCAUGCUGAUGAUGUUCUCCUUUUUUGGGGUGGAUCCCAAAGGACGGGUUGGCUGUCAGUCGAGGGCGAGAGAGAUGUGGGGAAAUCUGUGGCUUCUCUGUGAGAACCAACUAAUGGUAGGGCAGUGAUGUAUGGAGAGAGCCAUAUUUUCCAGUGACAGUUGCUCAGUAGCGCAUGGAGCCAGAAUGGCCUGACUUUAAUUACAAAUGUACCUGGAUCAUCACUAGCUCUUCAGCUGACCAUCCAUUGGGCUCAUAGAGCAUGUGUAAUUGCAUCGUUUUUAAACCCCGCCUUAAGCCACGCCUCCAAACUGCAACAUCCCGCCCUCUCUCGGCUCAGUCUAAUGGAUUCGGCUUUUAAUGCUUCUUAAACAUAAUGAUUUUAAAUGAGGGCUUUCCAGUUUUCAUCCUUUAGUUGAUGUAGCUCCAGAGAGAUGAUUUACAGAAGCCUCUUUCUCAAGUUGGAGUCAAAGAGUCAGUUGGAAAGAGCUUGUUUGGGCAGAAUGACAUCACAAACUGACACACAAGUGUAGUGCCCCUGGUUGGCCACUUCAAGAAUUUGCUUGGUCUAGGGGCCUUAAUGUGUCACCAAAGGGUUUGGACAUGAAAACAUGGGAAUAGCAGGAAAGGGAAGUGUGCUAUGACUUCACACUGAUACCAACCUCUCUGAACCUCCAGGCCGUUGCCUGAUAUUUCUUUUUGAUGCAACAGGGAUAUAUUAUUAUUUCAUGCCUUUUUGGAUUUAAUGAAGGGGAAUGAGCCUGGAUGGGUUUGGCAGAAUGGUUUUAGAAUGUCUUUCACGAAGGUGUCAAAAUUGAAAAAACUUAAUUUAAAAUGUUUACUGUAAAGAGUUGUAAAAUGUGGAUUGAAUACAGGUUUAUUAAGGAUUAACACAGUGAUGAUUAAGAUUGCAAAAUAAUCUAUUUCGGCGUCUUUGCACUUGUUCUGUAGAUAAUUUCUUUACUACUGUUCCUUAUUUAAUUAACGACAUGGUGUCAAUGAAGCAGAAUGUUGUUGAUUAUUAUUUUAAUGUGAAUAUAAUGCAAAAGCUAAAUCAAAACUACUUUUGAUUUGUUUCAGUGAAAUUUCCUGGACCGUCCACUGUCACUGUUUGAGUUAUUGAUUGUAUUUGAUUAGCAGAAUAUUUUCUAUCUUUAGUUUACAAUACACGUACAGUUUGACAUUUGGGAUAAAGUCUGUCUCGCAACAGAAUAAAUUCAACGUUUUCUAGCCCUAACGUGAAGCCACAGCUUUCUGUGAUUCUGUUAGAUUUGUAAAAGCAGCUCUGCUUAUGUUUUGGAGUCUUCCUCUGUAAUGAUGGGAUAUUGGUCAUUCAAUGCAGCUAGCAUCUUAGUGGUUCAGUUGAGCAGUAUAUAUUGUUUAUUACAUUUAUAAUUUUACAUGAGACAUAGAUUUCUGGCAAGUUUAGCAAUAAACAAAAGUCCACAAGAGAAACCAAAACAAUGCCAGGUAUUAAUAUCAAGAAAGACAUUUUGGGAAAGAAAUUAUUAUUUAAAAAAUGGGCUUUAAUGCUUUGUAACAGAAUUCUUCAUAUUAAAAUUAAGAGUUAAUACUUCAGUGUAUCUAUAAAGAGGAUAGAAGUAGAAUCGAAAUGAGUUUUGGAGUAAUAUGUAGAAUGUGAAAACGUAAAACUAAACUAUUUUUUUAGGCAUGUCAGCCUGAAAUGAAAUCUACAUUUGUCUUUUUGCAAACUGCGGCCUUGACGAUUGCAGCAAAAGAAUAAAUAACAGCAGUCCCACCAGUAAAUAAUAGGAGGAGAUUAAGAGAUUUUGAAUGUCGAUGCAACAUCGAAAGCAUUAUUAUUAUUAUUUGUGACUUGCAAAACAGUGGCAGUAAAAAUGACUUAAUUUAACAUUGUCAGAACUAGUAAGUAAUGUUUUGAUCACUUUAUUGUCUGAAGGCAUAUUUGAAACAAUGAGACAUCCUGAGAUGGUUCAUGUUAUGCAAACAACACCUCGUGUUUCAGUUUACUUUAACAUAAAUAAUCCCAGAGGACUUUUUGAAUGGGAAAAGGUGUACAUCAUAUUGAGGACAUUAAACCAAUAAACUGGUAUAUGUUGAUUUAUUUGGUUUAGUUUGUAUGUAUGAUUACCAAGCUGUGAUAUGCCUCCUGUGCCCAAAGAUAACAUGCAUUAAUGUGUGAAGUGAAAUGAAAUAAAAGGGAUUGACUUCAGAUAAUUAACAUUUAUUGAUAUUGGUGUGUUGAAAAACCAAACACUUUUAAUAAAUCACAAGCUCAGUAAGUUA